AAAACUGACUUGGUGCUCCUUGCAGAAUCCCCAACAGAUUCACCUGAUAAUUACACGGAAAUGUGACAGCUACCAAGUAAUGGUGAUUUCAUUUUUCCAGUCUUCAUGAAUCUCUCAGUUUCUGUUAUUUCCUAACUUUAGAGUUCUUCUACUAUGACUUUCCCUGUUGUUGUUUUUCCUUGUUCUAAUUAUGUACUGUAUAUUUAAGAGUGACAUAGUUGUAUUUCCAAUCUGGAGUGUAGAAACUUUUUCACAUGGAGGCCCCUAUUCCUAUCAAGGGAUGGAAUAUAUCUGGAAUUAUGGAUAUUUAUUUGACCACCACAAUGCACUUUCUUUCUGUCUGCCUCCUGGCCCAGGCACUAUUGGAGACUGGAAGAACACAAUGACAGUCACACAAAAUGAAAGGUUUGACAGCGUUUUUAAGGAGAGAAUGGAAAAGUUGCCCAUCAAGUUCUGCUGGGACAUCAAUGAUGAAUUAUGAGUCUGCCUUCAGCUUGGAAGGAGGAAAUAAAGUGGACUGCAUGCAUUUAAUCCAGGCCUAUUUAUAAGAUUCAGCAAAGAACUCUCAUGUGGCUUAAUGGCAUCCUAAUGUUCGAAUAUGUGCAAUAAUAUUUUUUUAAAACACCACAAUACAAUUACAUUUGUACUGUCCACUUCUUCUGUUUCUACAUUCCAGCAUGCCCUAAUUUCUGACUCCAUGUGCAAAAGUUAAAGAAUCCCAAACAAACUAUUGGGAUUAGUAAUUGUAUUUUAAUUUGGCAUUGUUAUAAUGAGGCUACCAUUGAAUUAUUGUGAUUGAAAAUUAAUAAAAAUUAUUGUCAAAAAAACCCAAACUAACUAACUACUGGUGACCCAGAUGGCAAUAUAAAUCAUCUGACUCAUUCACUUCAUCUCUCUUUUUAUUGUGGGUGGAAUUCAACUUCACACUCUUCCAAUUGUUCCAUCAAGGCAACAAUUUCAGUCUGCCAGAUGGCACAAUCCCCUGUAGGUAUGACGUGGAAUUGGGCUAGUGUGAAAGCCCUUCUUAGCUUGGGGUUUGUCAAAUCCCACAAAUAGUGGGCCAGGUAUCUAACUACCUUCACUUGGGGGAGCCACGUGGAGAGUUUAGCCACCUUAGAUUGUGCUAGAUUGAAAGCUUCAUCCCUAGCUAGAAUCCAGCUAUGAAUUUUGUCAUUCUCCCAUGAGAUCAGGGCAGCAAAGUCUGGGAGGGAGUAACGGUCACAAAUGGAUUCCAUGGCCUUAGGCCAGGUGCUGCUGCUGGUAAGGGUUGUGAAGGCUUGUUUAGCUAGCAGCGAGUUUUGAGUUUCUGCAAGGGAUUUAUAGUAGAUAAUUAUCCUGGCAUGGGCUUUUGCUACUAUAGAUGGUAGUCCCAAUUCUAGUCUCAAUUGGGCGGCCAUGGUCCCAUUAGGGAGGCCCAAGAUCUUUCUUGCCAGGAGAUUUUGCAGAGUCUCUAGUCGUUGGAGUACAUUCAUGUUCCAUCCCCAUAUUUCCACCCCGUAUAACAGCAUUGGGGGCAUUUUACUAAUGUAGAUCUUCCUGAUCGGCGCCACCAGUUGUCCACCAUUUCCGUAGAAAAUUUUUACUAAAGCACCAACGGUCUGGCGAGCAGCCAGAAUAAUUGUGUUUAAGUGGGCUGUCCAUGAUAAUCUAUGGUGGAAAGUGAUGCCCAGGUAUUUAAAAACUGAGCAUUGGUCGAUGGUGUGGCCCUCGAGGAUCCACGAUGGGUUUGGUUUUGUCUUGCCAAAAGGGACUAUUUUAGUUUUGGAAAAAUUGAUUGUUAGGAAGUUUUCUUCACAUUUGAAAUAAAAAACCCUGCAACUAUAAAAUAAAUUGCACUUUCACAAUCUCAGGGGUGCUGUAUAAAAAAAAACCCUGUGAUUUUGUGAGGGAAGAGCUGAGGUACAGGGAAGAGACAAAGUUGUGGAGCUGCCCAAGUCCAAGACAUUGAAAGAGGUUUGCAGGAUAGAUUUGGACAGUUUAAUAAGGAGAACACAGGAAGCCUUUUCUAUGCAAAGAUAUUCCUGAAAACAUUAGGUUUAGAUGAUAAACAAAAACAAAACGAGUCAUUCCUGCAUGUGGUAUUGUUUACUGGGAAAUAGCUUUCAUGGAAUUCUGACUAUAAUGACUGGGAACUAUCCAUCUUGAUGUGGACUCUGUAAGUCCUUCAAAAUCCUGAAGGGUGGUAAAGAUUGCUGCCAGGCUAUUGGAUCUGAAAGUUUAUUUUUGGGCUUGGGUAAUGUUUGAUCUCAGAUAAGCUGUGUGCAAAUGAAAAAGGUUUAUACUUUUCUUGGAUAGAUUUCUAAAACAACCAAUGCUAAUUAUUUAGUAAGUUUUAUUAAAACAAAUAGGGAUUAUUUUGGAGUUCAAGUUGGUGUUAUUGGGGUGUAACUCAGUGGCAUGUGUGUACAAAUAGACACCCACUGGUGAAUCUCAGGUCUCUCUCACCAUUUGAGCCCAUUUUCUACUAUUGGACCUAAGCAGACGUAAUGCUGCAAUUAUUUCUUAAAUGGACAAAGACCACUGUUGAUAUUGGCUGUUGCUUGUGCAAAGAAGCACGUUCUCCCCCUGUUUUACAUUAUCAGCCUCUGUGCACCCUUGUUUAUCUUUCCUUUCUUGCAUAACAUGCCAGGAAUGAUUUCCUAAAGAGGAACCAUUGGCUUAAUCCAACUCUUCUCAGCUGACAGAAUUCUAUAAAGCAGUUUCCUGGAGAGCUCUGAACUCCAAGCUGCAGAAGAGAUCUCUCUCUCCAUCUCCCCCACACUUUUUGACUCUAAAAACGAAAGGGAACUGUUCUCUUCUCUUGAUUCUUAUGCAGGCAAUGCAACCAGACGAGAACUACCUUUUCACAUACAAAGGAUUUUAUUUCCAGCCUGAUUUGACUUCAGUGGAGCACUUAGAUACCCUGGAUGAUUUUGAAAUAAGAGACAGUGAUGUAUUUUUAUUCACUUAUCCAAAGUCAGGCACAGUAUGGACUGAAAAUAUUUUGAGCUUGAUUUAUCAUGAAGGUCAUCGAAAUGGAAUGGAAAACUUGAACAUAUUAGACAGGUUUCUGUCUCUGGAGUACAAGAUCCGCAAUGUGGAUUACGUCAGUCAUCCAUCACCUCGUCUCUUUCUUUCCCAUCUACCCUACUAUUUAGUACCCAAGGGAUUAAAGAACAGAAGAGCAAAAGUUGUUUAUGUGGUCCGAAACCCAAAGGACGUCUUGGUUUCCUAUUACCAUUUCUCCAAAAUUUUUGUCACAUUGGGAAAGGUAGAAGUAGAAGAUUUUGGAAUUUUCAUGGAGAAGUUUUUGGCUGGAAAGGUAGUUGCAAGUUUAUGGCUGGACCAUGUGGAAGGCUGGUUCUCUCACAGGGAUGACUUCAAUAUUCUGUUUCUUACCUAUGAAGAAAUGAAGAAGGAUCUAAGAAGCUCUGUAUUGAAAUUAUGCAACUUCCUGGGAAAGAGACUGACGGAAAAGGAGGUGGAUGCUGUUGUGGAUCAGGCUACAUUUGAUAAAAUGAAAGCAGAUCCCAGGGCAAACUUUGAGUUCUUGCCACCGGAUAUGAUAGACCACAGCAAAGGACAUUUUCUUCGCAAAGGCACUAUUGGAGACUGGAAGAACAUGAUGACAGUCGGACAAAAUGAAAGGUUUGAGAGCGUUUUUAAGGAGAGAAUGGAAAAGUUGCCCAUCAAGUUCUGCUGGGACAUCAAUGAUGAAUUAUGAGUCUGCCUUCAGCUUGGAAGCAGGAAAUAAAGUGGACUGUAUGCAUUUAAUCCAGGCCUAUUUGUAAUAUUCAGCAAAAAACUCUCACGUGAUUUAAUGGCAUCCUAAUGUUCAAAUAUGUGCAAUAAUAUUUUUUAAAACACCACAAUACAGUUACAUUUGUACUGUCCACUUCUUCUAUUUCUACAUUCCAGCAUGCCCUAAUUUCUGACUCCAUGUGCAAAAGUCAAGGAAUCCCAAACAAACUAUUGGGAUUUGUAAUUGUAUUUUAAUUUGGCACUGUUAUACUGAAGCUACCAUUGGAUUAUUGUGAUCGAAAAUUAAUAAAAAUUAUUGUCAAAAA